GUUAGCUAAAGGGAGAUAGCGGGCAAGCUGUCAGUGAAUUAAAUGAUCUUAUUUUUUAUGUCUGUAUGUGGUGAAAGUUUAACAUUGCUGUAAAGCGUCAGCGUAUUUCGGAGCUUCCGAGGACUACAUUUUGGAUACGAAAAUGAUCCGCUUCAUCCUGAUCCAGAAUCGAGCAGGGAAGACACGGCUGGCCAAAUGGUACAUGCAGUUUGAUGAUGAUGAGAAACAGAAGCUGAUUGAGGAAGUGCAUGCUGUAGUGACUGUCAGGGAUGCCAAGCACACCAACUUUGUGGAGUUUAGAAAUUUCAAGAUCAUUUACCGGCGCUAUGCUGGCCUAUACUUCUGUAUCUGUGUGGAUGUGACAGAUAACAACCUGGCAUACCUGGAGGGCAUUCACAACUUUGUAGAGGUGCUGAAUGAGUAUUUUCACAAUGUGUGUGAAUUGGACCUCGUGUUCAACUUCUACAAGGUGUACACAGUGGUGGAUGAGAUGUUCCUAGCAGGUGAAAUCAGGGAGACCAGUCAGACCAAGGUCCUUAAGCAGCUCCUCAUGCUCCAGUCACUUGAGUAGGGACCCAACAUUCAUCAUGUCUGCCCACCCUCUAAUCCCACCCUAAUCACCUCCUCUACCUGUUGCUGUCUGAAGAGGACCCCUUCUCAUUCGCUCAGCUCCAUGGAGCAUGCUCCUCCCCUAACAGAACUUGGGAGGGUUUGCUCGGUCAGCAAAGGUUUGCUGUCCCAGAAUGUUCAGAAACAAAUAUACUUAUUCUACCCAUUAUUGUUUAGAUAUCGAUAAAUAUAUCAUGUAGAGAUCUAGUAACCUUUGUUAAAGAAAUCUAUAUGUUGUGCCCAUUUGCAACAUUAACUGUUGUACUUCACUGAAUAACUCACUCAAUGUAAAAGGCCUUGUCUUUCAAUAUGAGCAUAUAUAUAUAUUCAUGACUGACUACAGAACAGCUUCAUUGCAAUCAACUUUACCUUCUAUUCACUAAAUACGAGAGCCUGCAGUAGUAAUGAGUUGUUUCACAUUGGGGCCAGUUUUUAUCAUUACUGUGCAGCAUGGUGGAAACAAAGAUCCGCCAGACUCUCACUUCUCUCCCACCCAUCCCCUAUUCCUAUCCCCCCUCAACUUUUAUUAGCACUGCUGUAACUGACAAGCACAGUGCAACAUGAGAAACUGCUCACGAUUAGACCACUUUGAUGGAAGACCAGCUUCACAACAGCCUGGCAACCAACUCCAUGAAAUCCAUGCAAAUAGAUUGCUAUUUAUUGAUAUUAUAAUUAGAUCUUUUGUGGCGCUCGACUCAUCCUAGCUACAGUGAAGUUUUCUUGUGCAGCAAUACAGAUAUAAAACAAUCAUUAGGAAAGCCCUUUUGAGCAAUUGACCAGCUUUGGUGGGCUAACAGUUCAAUGGAGUGCACUUAGCAAAGUGCUAUUGAGAGGGUGUUAUGGGAACCUGUGUAAUGUUGCAACGCCACUGAUAAUGAACAGUAAGUUAUGGUGUCUUGGUUGUACUCUGUAUAUUGCUUUGAAUUUGAUUGCACAUCGAGUUCUAGGUCAUUCUAUGCAACUCUGAAAUAAGUGGUGCAGGUUGCACUUUUAAAACUUCAAAUGUAAAUGCACCCCAGAAUUCAUAGAUAUUGGAACAACAAAAUACAACUGGACAGGUUUCGUCACUGAUAUUAGUGUAAUUUUGCUCAACGCACUGCCCUGGAGUUUGCUUUGUAUGGUGUGUAGAUACAGUUUCUCUUACAAAUGUGUAAUUGUGUGACACUAUCAUGUUCAUUCUGGAAUUUUUUUUAAAACAUUACCUAUCCGCUAAUGUGGCCUGUUAAAGAUGAGUUACAGAUGAGUAUUAUAGUUGUUUUGGUAGCAUUCAUAUUUGGAUUGUCAAAGCAUCACAACAUGGCUUAAAAUAAAUUGGCUUUACAAAUGCCCAUCAGGAGAUUUAUAAACCAUGACAGAAUGUCACUUCCAUUUAUCUCCCUUUUCUUGAAUCCAAGGUGUGCGAUAAUGCCUGCCAUACUCUGUUACACUAGUCCAGUUGUGGACACAAGGGAGUUAUAACAGGUUUCACACUGAACUUUUUUUUUGUAAUUUUUGUUUUGUAUGAUUUGCCUUUAGUGAAAGAUGUACCGAUUACCCUCCUGUCCACUUCUGUGAGUUUGUUGAUGGAAGAUGUGCGUUUUUAGUGUAAUGGUCUCCUGUUCCAACUACCCACAGCGUCGUAUCCCCUUCUGUGUAUAUGAUAAAAACAAAUGAAGUAUGACAUAACUUUAAAAAAAAAACUGCUUCUGCCUCUGUUGUGCUUUCAGUGUAUCAAGAUUUUUUUUCCCUUUGGGAAUAAUUGCAAUCCCAUGUUAUUUUUAAGUCAAUAUCCCAAAAUUUAGUGAGCCAUUAAUUAAAAA